AUGCCGUGGAUAGGCGUCCAGAUCCUGCAGGUCAGCAGCCUCAGCUUCUACUUGGCUCAUCCAAAGACGGAUGAGUUCCAAGGAUAUUGCUGCCAUGCUUGCGAGAAGUGGCAGAAGGAAGGAUUCAAGCGCAAGACGUUCCACGGCCCACGGUGCCUGCGCAAGGCUUCCUCCCAUCGUCGAACCUUUCAAACCUGCAGGGUGCCUCAAACUGAUGGCAUCGUGCGGUCUAGCAUGCUUAUUGGGGACCCAAAACGGGACCCCCCGCAUCUACAGAGCUGUCACGUCCCAGCUGCAAUUCUGAUUCCAAAGCUGGGGACUCGAGCCUUUUCUCUGGGAGUUGAGGUCGUCGGGCUGAAAUGUUAA